CAGACCUUUAUGCUCACACUCAUACUGAAUGAUAGUUCAUCCUGCAGAGCUUGUGUAAAGCUUCCAGAAUAAAGGAAGUGAGAAACACUGAAGAAGGAGGAGGAAGAGAAAAGACAAGGUGUAUGGUCAAGAGGGCAUCUCCACAUGUGACAGAGCAAGAAAGAGAGAGAAACAGAGGGAGGGAGCGCACUGAGUUCCUGCUCUCCUCCAAGAGAAAGACUAGAUGGUGGGAUCUGUCCAUGAUGGGGUGCAGAGUUUGUACUCUACAGAAGCCUCAAGAGCAAUACAAACUGCUAUAUGAAGUAUGCCAGGUCAAUGGAAAGGACUUGUCAAAGGCGACGCAUGACCAGGCAGUGGAGGCCUUCCGUAUGGCUAAAGAGCCCAUUAUGGUCCAGGUGCUACGCCGGGCUCCCAGGCCCAAACCUACAGGCCCAAGUGGGGAAGCGCAGGUAGUGGAAAUCAGCACCCAGACGGACAUCACCUUCCAGCAUAUCAUGGCCCUCAGCAAGCUGCCUACGUCCUCCCCGACUGUGAAUGUGCUUGAGCAGUACCUGCUGCCAGAGGGACACUCUCCUGCUCAUGAAUACUUCGACCCCAGUGAUUUCCUGGAGGGCAUGCAGCAUGAGAUAGAAAGAGAAGAGCUGGAAUAUGAGGAAGUGGAUUUAUACAGAACUAAUAUCCAGGAUAAACUGGGGUUAACUGUGUGCUACAGGACCGAUGAUGAAGAUGAGACUGGGAUCUAUGUCAGUGAGAUUGAUCCGAACAGUAUUGCUGCAAAAGAUGGACGAAUUCGAGAGGGAGAUCGAAUCAUCCAGAUCAAUGGCUUUGAGAUCCAGAACCGUGAGGAAGCAGUGGCUCUUUUAACCAGUGAAGAACACCCAAAUGUAUGCCUGCUAUUGGCUCGACCAGAGAUACAACUGGAUGAGGGCUGGAUGGAUGAUGACAGAAACGACUACCUGGAUGACCUCCACAUGGAUAUGUUAGAGCAACAACACCAUCAGGCCAUGCAGUUCACAGCAAGCAUGCUCCAGCAGAAGAAGCUUGAGGAGGAUGGAGGUACAACAGACACUGCCACGCUGCUCUCCCACCAUCAUGAGAAGGACAGUGGAGUGGGCCGCACAGAUGACAGCACUCGUAACGAUGAGAGUUCUGAGCAGGAGAAUCUUGCAGACGACCAGACCAGUGCCUCCACAACGCUGGGCAGCCGGGGCAGGCUCACCUACAGUCAGGACACCUUAGGCAGUGGCGACCUCCCCUUCAGCAGUGAGUCCUUCAUUUCUGCAGACUAUGCGGACGCAGACUUCUUGGGUGACUUUCCUGCUGACGAAUGCGAGCGGUUUCGUGAGCUUUUGGAGCUCAAGUGCCAGAUGCGGAGCGUGGGCAGCAGCGGUACCCCAGAGCAGAGCUUGUUCUGGCCCAGUGGUGGUGUAGGUGGCGGACAGGGCAGCGUUGGUGAGGAGGGUGUCGACAAAGAGCUGGAGCUUCUGAAUGAGGAGCUCCGCAGCAUUGAGCUUGAGUGCCUGAGCAUAGUCCAAGCGCAUCGCAUGCAGCAGUUGCGUGAGCAGUGCCGUGAACAGUCCUGGAUGCUCCACAACAGCGGCUUCCGCAACUACAACACAAGUGUGGAUGCAAGACGCCAUGAGCUAGCGGACAUCAGCGAACUCCCAGAGAAGUCCGACAAGGACAGCUCCAGCGCAUAUAACACGGGUGAAAGUUGCCGUAGCACGCCGCUCACGCUAGAGCUCUCCCCGGACAACUCCUUGCGGCGUGGAAAUGAAAAUCAAGCGGAGGCAGGGGCGUGUAGUGGCACCUCGGGUGCCAGCAGAAUUCUCAAACCUCUGCUGUCUCCCGUCCAAGAAGCUUGCAGCCCUAACAGAGGUUGUCCGACCUUGUCAAAAGAGUCUGAGGCUGGAACCCAGCCUGAAAUCCGAGAACGCAAAGCUGGUCGCCAUGCCCAGCCCCAGUCACCCUACAAACACGCCCACAUCCCGGCCCAUGCCCAGCACUACCAAAGCUACAUGCAACUGAUCCAGCAAAAGUCAGUCGAGUACGCCCAAAGCCAAAUGAGCUUAGUCAGCAUGUGCCGGGACCCCGUUGCUUCUGCUGACUUGGGACCCAAGAUGGAAUGGAAAGUGAAGAUCCGCAGCGAUGGUACGCGUUACAUUACCAAGCGGCCUGUCCGGGACAAGCUCCUGAAAGAGCGAGCCCUACGGAUCCGAGAGGAGCGCAGCGGGAUGACUACAGACGAUGAUGCCAUCAGCGAGAUGAAGAUGGGACGCUACUGGAGCAAAGAGGAGCGCAAGCAACACGCCGUACGUGCCAAAGAGCAGCGUCAGCGCAGGGAAUUUAUGAAGCAGAGCCGUAUGGACUGUCUGAAGGAGCAAGUGGGCAGCAUUGAAGACAAGAAGGAGCUCAAUAUUAUUGAACUGAGUCACAAAAAGAUGAUGAAGAAGCGGAACAAGAAAAUCUUUGACAAUUGGAUGACUAUCCAGGAACUGUUGACCCAUGGUACAAAGUCCCCCGAUGGGACACGAGUGUACAACUCCCUACUGUCAGUGACCACGGUGUAGGCUCUGUAAUGUUCUGUAUAUAGGACACUACCGAUUGGGGUAGACAAUCCUGCCUCGUUCAAUGCGGCAACAUUUGUAAAUAAGAAAUAUGAAUGCCUUGUCUGAAGGAAUUUUGCCAAUUGCCAAGAGAAGCUACAAUGAGUCCCUCAAAGAUUGAGUAGAAUGGAUUUAUACAAGUGAUGAGAACAUGUUUUCUUAUUUGCUCUGUUCAUUUCUAUACUGCGCUUGUGGUUUUGAAUAUUCUAUUAAGUAACUGAUUCAUGACUAUUCGGCCUUUUUAAAAGGUUUUGGAAAACAAUACAAAGACCAUAAAGCAUCACAACCAUCAGCAUUUUUAUUUUAUUUCAAGUAACUAACAGUCAGCAGUAUUGUUCUUUUUAUGCAUACAUAUUGCUUAUUAAAGUAACAGAUAUUUAGCUUAAUGGUCAUCACACAGAUGCUAUUAUAUACUUUUCAGACAGGGUAAAAUAACUUUGCUUUACAAAUUUUAAAGAAAAGGUGCUGUUUUUCCUAAAGUUCAUGUUUCACACUGCUACUGUUAUGUUAGACAUGCAUCAAAGCGCAGCCAUUUAUUGAAAUCUAAAUCUCUUUGUAUUGUUGUUGAUAUUAAUGUCUGUUUUAGACAAAAGCCUUUUGUAUAGGUC